GGAAGCCAGCGGGGCCGGUGCGGGGCGGCGGCAGCCGGCGCGGGGCCCGCGGGAGGGGCGCUGCAGCACCUCUAAGAAGAAAGAUCCGUUUUGUGUAGAAAUAAGAAAUUUCCAGAGGACAGCCCCAAUGACAGAACUCUCUGCACAUUUACCCCAGUUUCAGCAUGGGCAGCUGACAGAAAACUUCCCUGAUAACCACCUCAGCAACACCCAAGAGUCCAUGGUCUCUGCUCUGUUUUAUACUGACGAGAAUGACAACAGUGAAAGACGUCGCCAUGAUAAUAGUGAGCGCAGAAGAAAUGACAAUCCUGAAUCUGAGACCAAUGGGCAGCCACAAAACAACAUUCAGCAAGUGGUGGAACAAGACGAAGAAGAAGAUGAGGAGCUGACACUGAAAUAUGGGGCAAAACAUGUGAUUAUGUUGUUUGUACCUGUCACACUUUGCAUGGUGGUCGUUGUUGCAACCAUCAAGUCUGUCAGCUUUUAUACCCGCAAAGAUGGACAGCUCAUCUACACUCCUUUCACAGAAGAGACAGAGACUGUAGGACAGAGAGCCCUGAAUUCAAUUCUCAACGCUGCUAUCAUGAUCAGCGUUAUCAUUGUCAUGACCAUCCUCCUGGUUGUGCUUUACAAGUACAGGUGCUACAAGGUGAUCCAUGGUUGGCUUAUCAUUUCUUCUCUUUUGCUGCUUUUUUUUUUCUCAUUUAUCUACCUGGGUGAGGUUUUUAAGACGUAUAACGUUGCUAUGGACUACGUUACGGUGGCACUAAUCAUCUGGAACUUCGGUGUUGUGGGAAUGAUUUGUAUUCAUUGGAAGGGUCCUCUUCGGCUUCAGCAGGCAUAUCUCAUUAUGAUAAGCGCUCUCAUGGCCUUGGUGUUCAUUAAGUACCUUCCUGAAUGGACUGCUUGGCUCAUCCUGGCUGUCAUUUCUGUGUAUGAUUUGGUUGCUGUCCUGUGUCCUAAAGGUCCUCUUCGUAUGCUAGUUGAAACAGCUCAAGAGAGAAAUGAAACUCUCUUCCCAGCACUUAUUUACUCCUCUACAAUGAUAUGGCUAGUGAACAUGGCUGAGGAAGAUCCAGAAGCCCAACGGAAAGCUUCCAAAAACUCCACUUAUGAUAAACAAGCUCCAGCAAACCACACUCGGAACGAAGGUGCUGAAGCCGACGAUGGUGGCUUUAGCCAGGAGUGGCAGCAGCAAAGGGACAAUAGAAUAGGACCCAUUGAGUCGACGCCUGAAUCGCGCGCCGCUGUUCAGGCUUUACCCAGUAACUCUCAAACCAGUGAAGACCCAGAAGAACGAGGAGUAAAGCUAGGUUUAGGAGACUUCAUUUUCUACAGUGUUCUUGUUGGCAAAGCCUCUGCAACAGCAAGUGGGGACUGGAAUACAACUUUAGCAUGUUUUGUAGCCAUUUUAAUUGGUCUGUGCCUUACACUUCUACUUCUUGCCAUCUUUAAGAAGGCCUUACCUGCACUUCCAAUCUCCAUAACCUUUGGGCUAGUUUUUUACUUUGCUACAGACAACUUGGUGCAACCCUUUAUGGACCAGCUAGCGUUCCACCAGUUUUAUAUCUAGCACACUUGAUGCUGGUGUUCUAUGGAUAUUUGUAGCAAAUCUGGGUGGAGGAAGAAUGUUUUUCCCACAGUUCUCAAGCAAGAUCGAAGUUUAAUACUGAAGAUUCUAAGCCUGAAUUAUUACAACUUCCUCGGAUGUUUUGUUUUUUGUUUUUUUCUGAGACAAGUGCUACACUGGGCACCGUAUGAAUUUUCCUGUGUGAAAGUGGCUUCUUCCUGAUGACUGGUCUAAACCAUUGUAUCAGAGGUAGUCUGAUCUAUGUAUCUCUGGUAAGGGUCACCUGUGUGAAAAUUGCUAAUGCUUCCACCAGCAAUGUGAUCUCUUACCACAGGUGGAUUAUUUUCACAACAUUAAGGGUGCUCAGGACUUCCUUGACAUUAACAGAGGAAGCUGACAAAUCACAUGGAACUUGGCCCUGUAACUGCUUGAAGAGAAAGAACCCAACUGAGACUUUUUCAGCAGUGAUUUUUUGGCAGUGGAGUCCUGACUCUGCUUUGUGUAAGAAAGGACUUUGUAGCAAUUUGACAAAGGGAGAAAAUAUUAUCACUCUAAGAGUGCUUCACCACUUCAUAGCCUCUGUGCCUGACUGUGCUUGGUUAAGUAAAUUUAAAAGCAUUUUUAAUGUGUUUUUUUUUCACACUGGAACUAGAGCGUCUUCUCAGUUUUAAUACUUUGUAUCCUCAAGCAUGGAGUGCACCUUCUGUGCAUCUGCUCCAGUUUAUGUAGCUACGUUAGACUUGGACUGAAUUAUUUGGCAUUGGAGGAUCACAAGGUCCUAAUAUGGAUCUUAGCUUCUAAAAGGUUAAUAAACUAUAUUGAAAAGCAAUUUCGGGACUUAUUCUUUGUGCUCUUGCAAAUAAUUUUGCUAGAACACCAAUUCAAACCCAGUGUUUGAGAACAGUCACUAAUAGCACGGACUGCAUUGUUUGGUAUAUGUUCCUUUUAUUGAAAUUCAUAUUAAAUAGGCAGACAUUUGCAACAGUCCCAGAUGGAGUUCAGUGUACCAGAUCUAAAGGAGAAAGUGCUUUUAGGAGCACUUCAAUAAAUCACUGAAAUUUUUCUUUCCAGAGAUGUGGUUUACAGUUCUGUUGACCUGAAGUAUUGGUCAGUCACCUGUCUUAACACCUCAUGUUGGUCAGGGAUUUUUUUUUUCCAUGCAGUAUCUUUAUUGGUGGGGAUACUUAAAUUAGGUGAGACAUUAUUUAAUGUUACCAAGGAGCAAAAUGUGUUGCCCUCUUCAUUUUAAUUACUUCUCGUGUGAGGAACAGAAGAUGGGAGAAAUGAAAGACAGCUCAGAAUCACUGAGAAGAAGACAAGAUUUAGAAUUUCUUGCAAGAAAAAGAAUAAUUUCAAACAUUAAAACUGCUUCUUCAUUUGAAAUAACACAUUUAUGAAUAAUUGCUUGGAAAUGAGACUUCUGGGAGAUUAAUUUGGUUUUGCUGUAAGCUCUUACUUUGUUCAAAUGAUUCUUUUUUUUUCUGAGGGAGGCACAGGGAGUAGGUACUAUUGACGGGCAUUCCAUUUUGUUUGCAUCUUGAAUCUGGAGUCCACGCCACGUAGAGCAACUGUCAAAAUCCUGAUGCAAACUCCUUUUACCCUUUUUCUGGGGCUUUGUUUCAGUACCAAUAGUGAAAGGACUGAGACAUCAUAGAUGUUCAUCAACCAUUACCCGAGUAAGGGAAGAAAGGCUGUGAUGUAAAAAUCUGCUUUAAAAACCAAGAAAGGCUUCCUUUGAUUGUCCUUGGAAAUCUCUGUUACUCUUCCAGUAUAACUUGCUAACUGCAGUGUUAGUAUUUACAUUUGCAUAAAAUAUACUGUCUUGCCUCUUCUAAAGUACUUUUAUUCAUCUCGUUUCUGUGCUCAUUCGCCAUGGUAGCGUUAAUAGAGUAACCAUAUCAAAGUUGCCUACACUGAUUUUCAAGUCAAACUUGAGUGUAUAUUCUAGAUUAAGUAACUGUUUAAUAUUUUGCUGCAAUGGAGCCUGACUUAAAACAGGUUGUUUGUUUUAUUUUACAAGACUUUGAGCUGGUUUUGUACUACUGUAACUUGUCCAUUUCCUGAACAUUAUAUGUAAGAAAAGGAGAAUCCUAACUAGUUUUCAUUGUAUAGAACAGGUUUCCUGAGAAUUGGCAUCACUAACAUCUGUUGGCAUAUCUGAGCCAAUUGGCAGUUGAGAGUGGUUACUUCAAAGCAGCUGUCAGAUUUAUUGUUUGUUUUGUGGCUUAAAUAUGGGCCACGGGAGCACUAGCUCCAUAAGAGUUGCUUUGAUAUCCCUAGAAAUACACAAAAGCCUCUGCACAUACUUGAAUGGGUGUUAGAAGUACAAGAAAGAGCUCAGAAUCUUAAAACACUAAGUUGCCAGUCUUCCAUUCUCCAGAACUGCUUCUGCUAUCCUGAAGUUUUCAUUUCUGAUCUAGUGGGGAAUUACAGUGGUGAAGAGUAUAAAAUUUAUAUUCUCAGAAACUCUUCAAGUUUGUGUAUUUGAAUUUCAAAAUAAAUUCAAAAGGGAAAACUGUGUUUCCAAGUCCAGGCCAGUAUUUGUCAAAGUGCACUGCUUAUUACCAAGUCAUAUGUACAUGUUCAAAAACCAGGAUGAAAUUUUCUUGAUUUGCCCUCUUAUGCCAAGUCAUGGUAGCUUAUGUCCCAAAGAGAUCUUGCAGCUAAGAAUCAUCUGGGUCCUUGGGUCCAUAGCUUUCCAGCUGAGAACAGUUUUUGCUUUCAUUUGGGUCAUUACUAUGUAAGUGUGAAGGUUGUGUCACUUCCAUCUUCUUUGUCCUAAAACUCCAGCCUAAUUUGAGAUUGUUAACCAUUUCAGCUUGGUUAGCUUGAUACAACUGGAAGACUUCUGAUAUGUAGUCUGCAUUUUUGAGAAAGUUUUUGUUAUUAUUAAAUUAGUAUGCUAAUGGCAGCACAUUAAAAUGUAGCUCUGAAAAGACUGUUGUGUAACCCUAGUAGCUGGAUUCAUUUCUUUCGUCUCCAAGCAAGCUGACUGGUAAUUGUUGUGUGACUUUUUAGUAGUUGUACUUUGAGUAGCAUAACGGCUUUCUCCUUUCAGCUUACAUCAGUUAUUAGUCUCCUUAUUUGACUAAGACUCAAGUAAUUAAAUGAAAAAACAUGAUACUGAGUUACAGAUUUGCAUAAAAACCAUCCACUUUCAUUUCUCCUUUUUUUGUGUGUGUGUAUGUUGGGGAACUUAAUCUAGAGCAAGACUUCUUAUAGUAAGGGUGUAUGACACUGUCAUAGCUGUGUAUAGCUGGCUGUUAUGGUGGCACUGGAAUUCAAAUGUCAUCUGUGUGAGGUGAGUCUUGAAGAUACGCACUUUUAUUGCAGCACAUUCAGAAUAAUUCUGACUGGGCAGAUGAGGGUGGCUUUGAGCCAAAUAAUCAAGGGCUGUGCUCCACUAAAAAUGGCUGUUCUCAGUGUACAAAGCAGACCCUGACUAUUUCAGGCAUUGGAGACUGGUGCUUCUUGGAUAUAUGGAUAUGUAUCUGUACCUGUUGAGAUGUAGAUAUCUAUUGCAUGCACUCUGGGCCUGUAGAUGACAGCUGUUCUGCCAUUAGCGCAGUCAAGAAUUGAAUAUGCAGGAGUACAUUUUGGGUGGACGGUACUGGAUGAAGAAACUUCUUAAAAUGCUUUAUUUAAAAAAUUUACUUUGGGCAAUGAUGCUGUUAAAAUGAGUUUAAUAGAUUGUGGAACAUGUCUGCACUGUGAUUGCAUCUCAGUGGUAACUUGGUCAUUGGGAAUGCUGAAACAUGAAGUAGGAUGGAAUUCUUUUACACUCAAAGCAUUUACGUUUUUUCUUUUUUACAAACACUGGUUUGUACAUAAUCUGAAUUGAAUGUGAAUGUUUUUUUAACUCCUUUCUGGUUCUUGGUAAGAUAUGUUUUUGAUAGAUUAUUGCAAAUUUUCCUGUAUUUGUCUAAUUAUUAAAAUAAAAAUUGCAUGGAUCCUG